AUUGGACAAAAAAUAAUUUCAAACACUUAUGAACUUUAACCUAUACAAAAUGUACUCGUGAGUGUCAUUAAUCAAAAUAAAACUAGAAAACAUCCGUUUAAACUGAUUUUACUACUCAAGAGCAACCGUAUCACAUUUGGAUAUCCUUGGUGAAUAUCGCACAGCCAUUGCUUCCUAGUUGGAUUACAUGGCAGUGGUGACAUUUGAAUGGACAAAUCUCCCAGAAAAAAAUGGCAGGGAAACUGUCAGUUGUUGACAAGAAACAACUAGAAUGCUUUAUACAGGCGGACCAAAAGCAAUUUAAUUUGUUGUAUAGCUUUACUACAGAUGGUGCAGAUGCGUCAACAUUUCAUCAACUUUGUGACAAGAAAGGCCCGACAGUGACUGUUAUUUAUAACACUCGAGGUACAGUGUACGGGGGCUUCACUGAGAAUAGUUGGGCCUCUGAAAGUGGGGUAUAUGUAAGGGAUGAUCAUGCCUUCCUUUUUCGAUUACAACACAAUGGAGACCGUAACCCGGCGAAGUUCCCCGUGAGAAAGCCCGAAUAUGCCAUUCGCUGCAAAAACACACAUGGGCCAAUAUUUGGAGCAGACAUUAUCACGUUCGAGGGAGCACUGACUAAGAAGGACAGUCAGUUCACUUUAAAUGGCGGAUUUACAUACCAUAAUUCUUAUGACAUGGGGGCAUGUUCAAUCGGACAGUUUUCUAACGAUUUAUUAACUAUCACAGAUUUGGAGGUAUACAGUGUAUCUGAUACAGUACCCUUACCAGCUUGGAGACAGAUAGGAGGUUGGAAGAAACAGGUAAAGCCCCAGUCACAUUAGAGCUUACGACCAGUGAAGACCAGUUCACGAUCACCAG